GUCACAGAGAAAACACUUUCCCUCGCUCAGUUCACACACACCCCGUCAGUCUACACACCUGUCUGUCUUUACCUAUACUCUCAGCUGCUCUCACUCUACCUGUGUGGGAUUCUCUAUCGUUUGGGAGACUGUCUGUGGAUACAGUACCCAGUGAAAGUAGGGGGCUAGGAAUCACAGGAACCAGACUGGGAGCCAGUUAGAGGAAUCACAGGAACCAGACUGGGAGCCAGUUAGAGCAAUCACAGGAACCAGACUGGGAGCCAGUUAGAGGAAUCACAGGAACCAGACUGGGAGCCAGUUAGAGGAAUCACAGGAACCAGACUGGGAGCCGGUUGGAGGAAUCACAGGAACCAGACUGGGAGCCGGUUAGAGGAAUCACAGGAACCAGACUGGGAGCCAGUUAGAGGAAUCACAGGAACCAGACUGGGAGCCAGUUAGAGGAAUCACAGGAACCAGACUGGGAGCCAGGAGGAAUCACAGGAACCAGACUGGGAGCCGGUUGGAGGAAUCACAGGAACCAGACUGGGAGCCGGUUAGUUAGAGGAAUCACAGGAACCAGACUGGGAGCCAGUUAGAGGAAUCACAGGAACCAGACUGGGAGCCGGUUAGAGGAAUCACAGGAACCAGACUGGGAGCCAGUUAGAGGAAUCACAGGAACCAGACUGGGAGCCGGUUAGAGGAAUCACAGGAACCAGACUGGGAGCCAGUUAGAGGAAUCACAGCAACCAGACUGGGAGCCAGUUAGAGAAAUCACAGCAACCAGACUGGGAGCCAGUUAGAGGAAUCACAGGAACCAGACUGGGAGCCGGUUAGAAGAAUCACAGGAACCAGACUACAACCACCUACUAUGUCAAAAGAGGGGGAAAGAGCAUCAGUGUUGAAGACCACUAAGGUUCGGACCAAGCUGAAAGGAGAUGGCAGCUGGAUGCAGAGACUCGGUGAACCCCAGUCUGAAACAGAGGAGGAGAAACCAUGGAUAGCAGAAGUCAGAGUGAAUCGACUGAAUGGAGCCCCUAUAGACACCAGCCCAGUGGCCUCUCCCACCUCCAAGACCCCUCCCUCCCCCACCAGACCUGCAGAAGAUGGAACACCGUCUCCAGGAUACCUAAUCAGAGGGAUUUUCACCAAGACAGACACCAAGCCUGCUGCCAACUCAUCUACAUUCAAUAGCUUGAGUGGGUCAACAUCCAGCUUCACCAAGAGGCCUUCAGAGAGCUACAAGAGAAUAGCUCCUCACACAGUGCGUCCCACCUCAAACCUCCCAGUUCAAACUGAGGACCAGCUUUCCCCAGAGGAGAAGGAGAAACGGGAGGAAGCAGCCAUGGAUGUGCUCAGGACUUCUUCAGCCCGACAACGCUCCUACGUCCUCUCAGCUGCCAAGAAAUACGAUUCUACAGAGAAACCACUAGAAACCUCCCUGACCCCAGACGUUUCAUCUUUUGUGGCUAAAAGGGUGGUGAUCACAGACACUGAUGACUCUGUCUUCACUAAGACUCCCCCUGUCCCCAAAGAACCAGCUGCUCCAUCUGUGAAAGACGUCUCUCCUGUCUCUGUGAAAGCUGUCUCUCCUGUCUCUGUGAAAGACGUCUCUCCUGUAUCUGUGAAAGCUGUCUCUCCUGUCUCUCUGAAAGAUGUCUCUCCUGUCUCUGUGAAAGACUUCUCUCCUGUAUCUGUGAAAGAUGUCUCUCCUGUCUCUGUGAAAGACGUCUCUCCUGUUUCUGCGAAAUAUGUCUCUCCUGUCUCUGUGAAAGACGUCUCUCCUGUUUCUGCGAAAGAUGUCUCUCCUGUCUCUGUGAAAGACGUCUCUCCUGUCUCUGCGAAAGCUGUCUCUCCUGUCUCUCUGAAAGACGUCUCUCCUGUCUCUCUGAAAGACGUCUCUCCUGUCUCCUUGAAAGACGUCUCUCCUGUCUCCUUGAAAGCUGUCUCUCCUGUCUCUGUAAAAGACGUCUCUCCUGUCUCUGUGAAAGCUGUCUCUCCUGUCCCUGUGAAAGCUGUCUCUCCUGUCCCUGUGAAAGACGUCUCUCCUGUCUCCUUGAAAGAUGUCUCUCCUGUCUCUGUGAAAGACGUCUCUCCUGUCUCUGUGAAAGCUGUCUCUCCUGUCUCUGUGAAAGAUGUCUCUCCUGUCCCUGUGAAAGCUGUCUCUCCUGUCUCCUUGAAAGAUGUCUCUCCUGUCUCUGUGAAAGACGUCUCUCCUGUCUCUGUGAAAGCUGUCUCUCCUGUCUCUGUGAAAGAUGUCUCUCCUGUCUCUGUGAAAGCUGUCUCUCCUGUCUCUGUGAAAGACAUCUCUGCUGUCUCUGUGAAAGCUGUCUCUCCUGUCUCUGUGAAAGACGUCUCUCCUGUUUCUGUGAAAACUGUCUCUCCUGUCUCUGUGAAAGACGUCCUCCUUCCAGCCCCCGUCAUAGUUGACACCCCAGCAAUGAUUGGCCCUUAUGAGGACAUGAAGCCAGGGUGUACCAAAAUGGCUACUCCACUUCCUGAGUUGAAAGUUGAGGUGAUGAAAAAACUGUCCCCAGAGAGUGGUGUCCCGUUGAAAGACGUCCCCCCAGUCCCCGCUGUAUUAGUGUCCCCUGUCCCAUAUAACCCAGUGAAGAAGAAUCCUGCCACAGUGGACACACUGACAGCCCUGUCUGACACACUCAUCUCCUUCGACACAGGUUCAUCCAGUCUAGAACAGGAGUUGAUAAAGCCCAUCCCUCCCAUCCCAGGAUCUUGGAGUCAGGAGCUUCUCAGUGGAUCAGACAGGCUCAGUUAUGCCGAGUCCGAGGAGGAAGAGGAGGAGCCGAGAGACGAGAAGCCAGAGGACACACACAGAGAUAUUGACAGUCCGACCCCUAGUACUGACUCCAGUGUGAAUGAAAAUGUGUUGGAGGACCUUGAAGACGACUUUAUCCCCAUCAACACGAACACAACAAGACAUACGUGGAAGAGGUCCUGGGACGUCAACCCCAUCACUACCACAGACAAGAGUGAGGAGGAGGAGCCUGAGGAGCAGGAUCCACAGGUAUCCCUGGUUACGGUUCAGAAACAGUCAUCUGACAGUGAAUCACCAUGGGACAGAUGGAGCGCACCAACUGUCUAUAAAGAGAAGAGAGACCCAGAGCCUUCAAUGGACCGUUCUAGCUCCUACUCCAGGACCUUGGACAGUUCUGCCAACCAGAGACCCACGUCACCAGACACCGAGUCCAAGAAGGGUUUUGUGUACCUGAAGGAGUACGUGAACGCUACAGACCUAACCAAGCACAACACCAGAGACAACGAUCCUGACUAUGUAACGUCUAAUUCUACCAGCCGUUCCUACAGCAGCCCCUCCUCUUACACCAGGACUACCACGACAUCUGCCUGUACGUACUGUGGAGAGCAGGUGGGCAACGAUGCCAAGAUCACCAUCGAGCACCUCAACAUCUCCUGCCACCCAGCCUGCUUCAAGUGUGGUGUUUGCAGUAAGCCAAUGGGAGACUUUCUGUACAACAUGUUCCUGCACAAAGGGACAGUCCACUGUGAGAGCUGCUACUCCAACGUCUUGUAGAUUGCUUCUUCCCCUCGUCUCUUUUCCUUCAUGGCCACAGAGGUGACAAGAUUGGAUGGCUUAUAUAACUGCUCUCUCCUAUCAAGACCUGUCGUCUGCUGACAGGGAACACUGCACCUUUAAUUUGACAGGAAUUUCUAUGUGUCACAUUUUGUUUUCAGAACUUUGUUUGGGUCCUACUGAAUUGAAUGAGGUUAACACUGAAAUACUAUGCCAGGUAUUCUAUGGUUUAGGGUUGGUAAAGAUAAUAAUAUGAUCAUAUUACUGAUAUAGUUUAAUCUUCCGUCCGUUUUAAUGUCCACUUUUUUUUGUUGCCCUUUUCUCCUUAAAGGCCCAGUGCAGUCAAAAACAUGAUUUCCCGUGUUUUAUAUUUCCACACUAUGAGGUUGGAAAAAUACUGUGAAAUUGUGAAAAUUAUGAUAAUUCCCUUUUAGUGUAAGAGCUGUUUGAAAAGACCACCUGAAAUUUCAGCCUGUUUUGGUGGGAUGGAGUUUAGGACUGUCUGGUGACAUCAACAGGCAGUAUACCAAUAACAAAGAGUUUCAAACCCCUCUGCGAAUAACAGCUAGUUUUCAUGUUAGAUAUCCCUCCCAUUAGGCUCUUCCAGUUAGGACUCAGACCCAGACAGUCAGAGCUACAUUCUUGCUUGAGAAAUUGCUCUUUUGCUAAGAAGCAAUUUUUAUUUUAGACCAGCUUAAUCGAAAACAAUCACAGUAAGAUACUUAAUUGUUACCCAGAAAUGGUUUGAUAUUGAGAUAAAAAUGGCUGCAUUGUGCCUUUAAUGUUGUAACUUGGUGAAUGUAUUGUGAAAUAUGCAGAUACUGUAUGCAAAAGUCUCUUAAUACUAUAACGUAAUGACAAGAUUUAACUGGGAACUGGAUAUGUAUAUUGGCAGUUGGGAACAAUUUUCUACUUUCAGUCUUGACUAUGAAAAGAAAAUAACUACAUGUUUUCGAUCAAAUUUUUAUUUUUUAAAUUGUUUUUGACGCUUUGACUCAGAAAAACAAUAAAACUGAUUUAUAUAAACAUGAUAAAUAUAGAGUAUAAAAAAAUGUUGUACAUUAUUGAGUGUUGAAAAAACAAGUAUUGGCGACAGGUUUGAGAUAACAAAACAUUACUGUAACUUGGACACACAUUAGGCCCUUUUGUGCCACAGAUGAGGCUACCAGGCACCUCAAGUGGACAACAUUAAAAAGCAGACCUGUAUAUAUAUAUAUAUAUGUUUGUACAUCUUCUCUAUCCUUUACAGUCUACACUACCGAUAGUUCAGUAGCAGUUCAUUGGUUCUUAGCGCUGGUCCACUUUGGCCACCCCCACUGGUUAAGGGGUGCAAGUCUCUAGACAAAUAGAUGGCUUUCCUUCCUUGUCCUCUUUCUGUCCAAAAAACACUGGCAAUAAGGAACUUUCUCAGUUA